AUGGGAAGGAAAGGAUUGUUGUGCAUGGACGGGUAUCAGCUGCGACGGCCUGUACGUGGAAAGACUCGAUCUUCAUGGAAAAUUCUUGCUUGUAGCAGUACAAUUAGUCCUUCAGUGCUUAAACUGCAAUAUUUGAGUUAUUUAGAUCUCAGUGAAAAUUAUUUUAAUGGAAGUCGCAUCCCCGAGUUCAUUGGUUCUCUCAAAAAUCUGACACACCUCGAUCUCUCUCAUGCUAAUUUUGGAGGACCAAUUCCUUCUCAGCUAGGAAACCUUUCCAAGCUGGAGACUCUUUAUCUGGGUGAUGGCGUUUCCGAUUCACUCCUCGACAACAAUAUGAACUUUCACAACAAAUUUCCAAAAUUAUUUAGUGUUGGAAACCUUGAGUGGCUUUCUCAUCUCACUUCUUUAAAAGACCUUGAUCUCAGUUUCACUAACCUUAGUAAGGCUAGUGAUUGGUUUCAAGUUGUUAACCAGCUUCCUUUCCUUGAAAACUUGGCCAUGAGGGAAUGUGAUCUUCCAAGUGCCAUUUCUUCAUCUGUUUCCCUCGUCAACUCUUCUACAUCUCUCACCGAUUUGUAUCUGUCUGGUAACUAUCUCACUGCUUCUGCAAUAUACCCAUGGUUGUUUAAUGUUAAUAGCAACCUUGAGUUCCUUGAUCUCUCAAGGAACCACUUGAAAGGUCCAAUUCCAGAAUCUUUUGAAAUAUGGUUCAUAUGA